AUGGCAAGAGCACGAGUCUCCUCUUUCAUGACCACUUUUGGUCACAAACUACAACAUCCAGUCUCAGCCUCACCUCCGCCGCAGCCUCAGGAAAGGGUCCAGACGGAACCAGUCGCUUCUUCUUCACAGCGAUUCUCCUCGUCACCAGUUCGAGAGCCUUCUGCCCCAUCAACACCCCCAAGAACAAGAACGGAGCGGUCUUCCUCACGACCCCGCUCAAUGAUUUACCAACCUCCAUUGAUGGACACAGCCAGGGACACUCUACCAGAGUUGUUACCGAUCUUCACGUUCCUGAAUAGUCAUGCGAACAAACUCUACCAAGAAGGAUACUUCCUCAAGCUGAAUGAUCUUGACAUUGCUGGUCGUCCGAACACCGAGCGAAAUUGGACAGAGUGCUUUGCUCAGCUUGUGGGAACUGUUUUGUCCCUGUGGGAUGCUGCAGCUCUUGAUGCAGCUGGACAGGACGGGGAGGUGGCCCCGACAUUCAUUAAUCUGGCAGAUGCCUCUAUCAAAAUGAUCGAGACACUCCCUACCAGGAAUCAAGACGUACAGCCUCUGCAGAACGUCCUCUCGAUAUCUACGGCUGGCAAGAAUCGAUAUCUCCUUCAUUUCAACUCCUUCCAUUCCCUCACUCAGUGGACCGCGGGCAUUCGAUUAUCCAUGUUCGAAAACACCUCACUUCAAGAAUUAUACACGGGCUCGCUGAUAGCUGGCAAGGGAAAGUUUCUCAACAAUAUCAGAGUGAUUAUGGAGCGAUCCAAACUUAGGACCGAAGACUGGGCGAGAGUGAGAUUUGGAGCAGGUACACCCUGGCGACGAUGCUGGUGUGUGAUUGAUCCACCCAACGAGAAGGACUUCCAGAAGGAGCAGAAGUCGUUGAAAAAGCGUUCGGCUUAUGACCGCCCAAUAGUACUAAAGGGAGAUAUCAAAUUCUAUGAGACCAAGAAAACCAAGAAAACCACACCCAUCGCGACCAUCACAGAUGCAUAUUCUGCCUACGCCAUCUAUCCACAGUCGAAACCGCUCAUUGACCAAUCCACGCUCGUAAAAGUGGAAGGACGGAUUACCAUUCAUUCGAAACCUGAAUCUAAGACAGAAGGCUUCGUGUUCGUGAUGCCGGAAGUUCACCCUGCCGUCAGUGGGUUCGAGAUGAUGCUUCGCUGGUUGUUUCCCGUCUACGAUACCUUUGGCCUCUAUGGACGGCCAACACGGCUGAUUGCGGACACGCUUGAUAAUCGCGGCCUCAUGUUCGCCAUGCCAAAGGAGCGGCGCUAUGGCUACUUGGACAUUCAGGACGUUGCUGCUUUGGUAUGCAUGGAUGGCAGCCAGGCAUGGAGCGAGCAAGAAUGGCGGAAGCAAAUGAAAGAUGUCACUUCGAAGCGACUUUCUAGCACUGAAAGCCAAAUGGCGAGUCGGCAAGGCAGUAAGAAGGCCUCCCGGACCAGUCUGCCUGCUGGAACCAGUUUGCACUACGAGGAUGGAGCAUCCAUUCGAUCUACACCAUCACAACGUCGUAGGCAUAAUCAAUCUACCGACACCGUCUUCGCAACACCAGCAAAAGCUCGCACAGCGGCCUCAGGUGGCUCUCUUACUUCAGCGAAUUACCACGCCAGAUCGGUGUCUGACACACUGGCUUUCUCUAAUUCUCCACGGAAGCGGACCGAGCCGUACGUUCCUUCGCGGCUCUCCACCGACCGGGAAUCUGAGGCUCUUGACCAGCCACCAGCGCCUCCAAUGCAUGGACGGCCUUCUCGCAAAGGUCGUCCUGGUGACAUAGAGCUUCCGAAGCCACCAAUGGGCUUCGGAGCCGAGCCCCAAGCGUCAGUGGUACAGGCACAUGAUGAGGUGGGAUCUGAGCUUCGGCCGCAGCCACCUCCAACACCAGUGGCAGCUCCUCCUGCAUUCUUACACAGUGCCGGAGAGAGACCGUCUCUGCGACCAAAUGCGAGCCCAGAUUUGAGGAGAGCGAACAGCCGCAUGUCCAUUGCGACGCUUUCUCAACUCGUGGAUGCUAGCAAAUCUGGCACAGCAUCGAAUGAUGCGGUGGCGGCGGCAGGAGCAGCUGCAGCGUGGAAAACCAAGGAGAACUUACGAAGCGAAGAUCAGGCUUACAAAGGGGUAAAUGAGACCAUUAGCCGACGAGAUUCUGCUGCUGACCAACGACUUCCAAGUAAAGGCAUGGUAGCAGGAAUGAAUCACAACGAGAUUGAGUCUGCCGAUUCGCCGCGCGCUCAGGCAGCGACUUACAUAGCAUCACGACCCGACGAACUCGUUCGGUCAACUACAGACCGGUCAAUUACCCGGAAGCCAUUACGAACCAACGAGGCGAUAAGUUCAGGUCCACAGGGAUCGACAGAGAAUGGGUCCAACGAUGAUCUCACCAAAACGAGAACAGUGUCUAAUCUAAUCCCCCCCCAAAACAAUAGCCAAGUUGCCAACCCUCAGCAGAUUCCUGACAAUGACCCAGACCCAGACACUGACACAUCUGUUGACUAUUCGAGCGCUCCCGAGUCGACUAAGAGUAAAAAAUCAGAUAGUUCGACCCCCAGGCAACGAACAGGAGUCUUGAAGACGGUUGGCAAUCCCAAUCAUGCACCGAUUACUCCAGCUCGCCUGCCGAUCGAUGGUUCAACCGUACAUGCCGCAACCACGCAAAACUACUCGAAUGGGUUCCGAAAGAACGCUAGUCCGCGCUGGAACCACUCAAGGACACCGUCAGAUUCCUUGACUCCCAACGACGAGCGAAGGUCAUCUUACUUGGGUGGAGUCAGUCCGAACAGUAAUUCCGCUUCUCGUGAGCCAUCACACUCACCCAAUCCUGGAGAACGAGCCGUGCCCUGGCAGCCAGGUGCUGCAGCGAUCGGUUCUAGUCGAAAAAGCCCUAGCCCUCGAAUCAGUCCUGAAGAAUAUGUUCAGCAACGAUCAAGCGCCAACCGGGUUGUCAGUCCGGUUCCGCAUCAGAAGAAUCGCUCCACGGGCCAUCUUCCCCAAGAGCGUCCCAUUUCUGCAGAUUGGUCCAAGCGGAAGGAAGUAGGAUCUCGACCGUUGUCUGGAGAUGUGUCUGUGAUGCUCGCGCAACAGCAAGACUAUUCCAGCCACCUGUCUGCACGAGAGCAGGAGCAUGUGGCCAGGAUGACCAAUUCGCCGCUGGUCAACGUGAAUGCUGGGAGGCAGCAGAAUGUGCAGCCAUCGGGACUGGUGGGUGCGAUUGAGGCACGAGAGCAAGAGAAGAAGCAGGCACGACAGGACAUAUCAGGUCAGAUGGUGCAGCAUGCAAUUGCGCAACGGCAGCAACAAUAUCAAGCUCAUCAACAAGCGCAACAGCAAGCGCAACAGCAAGCACAACAGCAAGCACAACAGCAAGCGCAGGCGCAGGCUCAAGCGCAACAGCAAGCAGCACUCUCACCUCAACAGCAAGCAUUCCAAGCGCAGGUAGCUGCAGGAUUCUUUGGUCAGCCACAGCCACAGUCAAGGAGCACGCCGAACAGUCCUGGAGGAUGGGGUACGCAGCCCAGCCCUCAGCAACAGUGGCCCAAUGCUGCGACACAGACAUAUUGGGGUGGUCAGUCGCCUCAAGCGCCGAAGCAACAAGCAGGAGGGCAGCAACAGAGGCCUGAGUGGCAGGCACGGUUGAGGAAGCCAGCUCCUGGACAGAAAUGA